UUCCUCGGCCGGGGUCCCCCCACAAAGAAAAAUCUGGUCUUUUUCUCCCAUUUCGGCUUGCUUCUCUUUGCAGGCAAACAACAUUACAACACCCGAAGCGCUGUAGAGAGGCCCUUUUGUGAGUUCUUUAAGCUCUCUCACUUGUUGGGUUUUUUUCAGCUCUGCCACACAGUUCUUUCUGUGGGCCGCCGCCGUCUUUCUUGAAUUCUUGUGUUCUGCUCCGGCACCGUACAGUACAGUUGGAUGACUGCGUGCGAUGCUUCAGUUUGGCUGCUUCAUGUUCUUGAUUGAUGGUCGAAUCUUGUCUGUUAGUGUUUUCUGGGGCUCUUUUGAUCAGUCUGACAAGGAUUGAAGGAUUAGCAGUUUGGGGUGUACGGUUCACCGAUUGCUUAGUGUGAACGAGUGUCUGCGUUGUUUGCUAUGUUGAUCGGUGCGAUAAGGCUUUGACAGCUUUUGGAAUAUCAAUUUGGGAUAAAGUUGUGGUUUUUUAAAGUAGAUGUAGUGUAUAGAAUAGGUCUGUAUGUGCCAAAUAUCUUGUGGGGUUGGAUUGUUGACAAUUUUGUGGAGGGAUAGAGAGGGAGGGAGGGAGGGGAUAGGAGUUGGUUGCCUUUCUUCAUAAUUCCUUUAUGAGCUUCGGAAACGUGAAAGGAUAAGUGGCUCGGAAUUUGGAACAUAUUCUUUGCUUUUCACCGGGCUCUGGUUCUACUGGUGUUAUUGGGGUGGCAUAACAUAGGCAGAAAGGAAUUGCACAGAUUGGGAAUCAUCGAGGGGGUUCUUAGCGCUCUUGCGGAAGGGUUUUUGUCGAGAUGCAACGGGUUCGAUUAUCGUCCAAGCAAGCUCCUGUACAUAAACUUGGCGAUUCCCAGAUGACUCUGUCCCCAAAGUUUAGGUUAGCCGUCAUUCAGUCCUCUCUGUUCAACGCUUCCUCGGAGUUGGAAUGGUCCCUCAGAGGGGAACCCCUGAUCCCGGGACUUCCUGAUGAUGUAGCCCUGAACUGCCUCCUGCGGGUCCCCAUCCAGAGCCACACAGCCUGCCGAGCCGUCUGCAAGCGAUGGCACUUGCUUCUUGGUAACAAAGAGAGGUUCUUUAACCGAAGGAAGGAAUUAGGGUUCAAGGACCCCUGGCUCUUUGUAUUUGCCUUCCACAAGUGUACAGGGAAGAUUCAGUGGCAGGUUCUUGACCUAACUAAUUUCUCAUGGCAUACUAUUCCUUCAAUGCCCUGCAAGGACAAGGUCUGCCCGCAUGGGUUUAGGUGUGUUUCUAUUCCUCAUGAGGGCACCCUUUUCGUCUGUGGGGGCAUGGUUUCGGACGUGGAUUGCCCUCUCGAUUUGGUGCUAAAGUACGAGAUGCAAAGAAACCGUUGGACUGUUAUGAACAAGAUGAUUACGCCGAGAUCUUUUUUCGCCAGUGGGGUUAUUGAUGGGAUGGUUUAUGCAGCGGGAGGGAAUAGCACAAAUUUGUUUGAACUUGACUCAGCAGAAGUUCUCGACCCAGUGAAGGGCCACUGGAGCCCAAUUGCGAAUAUGGGAACUAAUAUGGCUUCAUAUGAUGCUGCGGUCCUCAAUGGGAAGCUUCUCGUGACGGAAGGGUGGCUGUGGCCAUUUUAUGUGUCUCCUAGAGGACAAGUCUACGACCCGAAAACAGACUGUUGGGAGAGCAUGUCCGUCGGCCUCCGAGAAGGAUGGACAGGUUCCAGUGUCGUAGUUCAGGGCCACUUGUUCGUGGUCUCAGAACUCGAGAGGAUGAAACUUAAGGUGUAUGACUCGAACUCUGAUUCCUGGGAUACAAUAGAAGGGCCUCCUCUGCCUGAACAGAUCUGCAAGCCCUUCGCCGUUAGUGCCUAUGACAGUAACAUCUACGUCGUGGGUCGGAACCUGAAUGUCGCAGUUGGCCAGGUCUCGAGGGUGAGGCCUGAGGAAAGCUGCGAGAGGAAGUGGAAGUUCUCGAUCCGCUGGCACGUGGUGGACGCCCCUGAGAACUUCUCCGAUCUCACUCCCUCAAGCUCUCAGGUCCUCUUUGCUUAACGUUUCAUGAUGUCACAAUAUAUCAUAUUACGUUAACAUCUUCAUGAGUUUAGUGCGUGUUAUUGGAAUGAACUGUAGAAUCGAGAAGGGAUUGUAAAGGCUGUAAGAGUUGCUCUUGCUGUUACAGUUCCAUGUGCAACGAUUCAUAUAAGCUGCAAAGGGCAUCCUUGUUUUACCCUUUACUUAUACCUUUCAUGCCAUACAUAUGCAAAAACAAACAUUUACAUAUAUAUGUGUCUAUUUCUUUUUUCUCGA